UCAGGACAACAAUGAAAUUAUUAAUUCCAAUUACGAUUCUAGUUCUCAUAUAUCAAUAGGAGAAACUAAUAGUGAAUCUAAAACUCUUGAUGAAGUUUCACGCUGGGGUAUUGCUAAAUUUUGUGUUUUACUGAUGCCUAUACUAUUAAAACAUAUUAGCUUUAAUAGUGAAGGAGCUUUUUCUUUGUUUAUGUCCAGCAUGCAUCUUUUAUCAUCCAUAUCUAAUAGCUGUAAUGUUAAGUUGUACAUAGAAUUAAUAUUUGCUGAUCAUACAAUAAAAAAUAUACGAUUAAAUGAACCUCUAUCUUCACUUAAGUUUUUAAUUAUUGCCAAGGAAAUAUUAAAACAUGGUUCGCCUAAUGAGCAAUUUAAAAUAAUUAUUUGUGACAUACUUAAACAACCAUAUUGGAUUCAUCUUUAUCCUGAAUUGUACCACCAACUGUAUCAAAAAUGUAUUAAUGAAGAACUGUUAGAACAACAGAUUAUUAAAAAGGUCAAUGAUGCUUAUAUUUUAUCAUCCACUUCCAAUUUAGAUAUAAAACAGUUUGCAAAUUUAUUUAGAAGUUCAUUACCUAUUAUAUCUUUCCUUAAACAGUUUAAUUUGAUUGAUAAAUUUAUUACAAACACUUUUAGAUAUGGAAAGUUAACAGAAACAACAGAUAUUCAAAAAGAAUACAGCAAUAUUUUACUAAAUUUGCUUUCUUUUAAAUCUGUAGAUAUUGUAUUACACACAUACUUAGCACUUAAUAAUACAUUGAAGAAAAUAUUUUUUUAUUUAAAUUUUGAAUCGAAUAAAAUUAACCGGUUAAUAAACAAUGUAUUAUCUACUAAUGUGUUGAAUGAAAUUAUAUGUUUCGGCUGUAAUAAUUCAAACCAACAGAUAUGUCAAUCAGCAUCAGAAAUUAUAGAACAGAUGAUAAAAAAUAAAAACAUAAUAAAUGAUAAUCAAUGGAAAUAUUUUUUAAAUAAUUUGGCUCCAAUCUUUCCAGUAUUAUAUUGUUAUGCUAACCAAAUAUCUACAUUCGGUCAAAUUGUUUUGAAUUUGUUUGAUCCUGAUCAAGCAAAGAAACUCAAUAUUUCAAAAUUAGUGAUACUUCAUUCGGCAGUUGCAAUGAUGUUCAGCAAAGACAAAAACACUCGGUUUGAAGCAAAUAAUAGAAUUACAUGGAUUUUUAAAACAUCUCUAAAUAAAAACAUUAAACUGCCUAAUGAUAUUUUUUUAAUAGAAAUUGAUGAAGUAAAUGACCAAGUAGACAAACCUAUUGGUGAAUAUAAUAAAAAGGAUUUACAUGACAUGAUAGAUUUAAUAUCUAAUGAAUGUUCGAGUCAUCAAACUAUUAAAUGUGCUUUAUACAAAAUAUCAGUGAUGCUUGAACAUAAUCAUCUUCAACAACAUUUUAUUCAGACUGGAGGAAUAGAUAUUAUAUUAAAUUUACUUAAAUCAUCUAAAGUGUUUGUUAUUGAGCGUGGCUUGUUAAUUGUAUUAUUAAAAUUAAUUUUAUGUUUCACAAAGAAAAAAAAAAAUAAUAUUAAUGAUCACAACUCAUUAUUUUAUCUGAUUUCCAUGAAGUUCCUCUUGUAA